UGCUCAGCCAAGCAUGUAGAGAGAGGGUGAGAAAGAUUUCGAGAGUCACCCAGGUACUGGCUGGUCUCGGAGUGAGACGGGGUGAAGAGAUGAACAGAUAAGGAAGCAUAGUUGAGCUUUAAUGCUUAGUAUUUUGGCUGGUUAGUGAUACGCCCACCUCGAAGGAUCCAGCUGAACUUGAAGUAAGAAGAGGCCAAAGUUAAUUUUCAGAACAGGAAAACGGUCUUUAAUUUAGUUCCUAUGGUUUUAUCUUUUGCUGUGCUGUCAGGGACACCUUCAAGGCAUCUUGUCGUUAAUUUUUUGGAUAAGUUACCCUGCCUGUGCUACUCUUAUGUGACACGUGGGGAAAAGUAACAGAAUUUGACUGAUUACUAGGAUAGAAGCAACUUCUGCAGUCCAGGAAUAAGACCUAUGGAUUUUGUCCAAAGUUAGAUGCUGCUCAGGCUGUUGACACUGCAUACCCUUGUGAUUUCAAACAUAGAUUUAUUGAAGAUUUGGUUUGAUUAUCUUGUCUACACUCACCGUUUGAUAGCCCAAUGCCCUCUGUACCAUGGGUCAGUGCACUGACCAGUCAGUCUGUCCACUCAGAUGACAGGAUGACCAACUAUUGGAGAAAAAUACUGUGAUUGCAGUGAUUUAAUGUCUACUUCAUACAAUACAGAGUGGUGUGGGGAAUCCAUGUAAAAGUGUCAGGAUUAAUCUAGAGGCCAGUGGGUUUAUUGCAGUACUUAACAGAUUCAGGCAGGGGGACUGUUUAAGUUUUUUAAAAUGUGUUUUACACAAGAAAGGAUAAUAUAAGAAAUUGGUCUUGGAUUUAUUAUGCAAGCGCUACAGGCACCAGUGUUAUUGCUUCACUAGGCUCCUUACUGGAAAUGGGAUCAAGAACGGUUCAAUAUGAGGAGGAUCAUUAAUGAAAAAAAACUAGCACAUAUCCAUUAAGAAAACAAUUUCCACCAGCGACACUUAUGAAAAAGUGACAAAUCUUAUCAAUUACUGCAGAAAUACUUGAUGUCACAGACUUUGACACAGAUCAAGAUUUAUUUGACGAGUGCAUGCUUCUUAUAGCUAUUUACAUAAAGGCCUGCAGAACAGUGCUGUACAAAUAAGCCUGGCUUAAAUGUGUCAACCCAGACUUAGACUGAAUUAGUAGGUCCUUCUAUUGUUGAUAGAAAGUGGGAAAAGUACUGGAAUUCAAGAUGACACAUUUCCACCGUUCUUUGAGUUUUCCAAGCACAACAACAGAGCCUGUGAGGAUGCCCUCCAACAAACACAUCCCCAUAGAUCGCUGGCUGAAAACAAUUGGACUGCCGGAAUACAUCAACAUGUUCGAGAGAUAUACGGGAGUGGAGGCUCUUCUAAAUGCCACUGAGUCCGACGUCAGAAACAUGGGGGUGUUAAAUGCAGCACACAGAGCCAGGAUCAUAAGUAGCCUAAGAAUAUUAAAGGAUAAAUACGAGAGAGGAGAGCGCACCAGGAUGUCAUCGUCAUCACUGACUAGAGUGUCAUCAAACUCGUCUCUGCCAGGAAACGUCACUGGAUCUAAUAUACCCAGGGUCUCUUCUAGUUCUUCGCUUCCUAGAAAUCCAUCGAGCUCUUCCUUAAAUGACUCCAUAUCAAACUCAAUAAACAACCAAGAUUACUUGCCACAAACUCCCAUCAACAUUUCCCCAGAGAAAUUGAAACAAGACUUGGAAAAAGAACUUAAAAUGGAAGAUAGCCAAUUAUGCAGUCACGCUUGGUUUCAUGGCAGCAUACCACGUCAGAAGGCGGAGAAGCUUGUCUUGCAUGAUGGGGAUUUCCUUGUGCGUGAAUCUGUCUCUCAGCCGGGAGAUUUUGUCCUGACUGUUCACUGGUGCGGUCUACCUCUGCACUUUGUGAUAAACAAGCACGUGACUCAGCGGGAUUCCCUCUAUUCAAAAGUACAGUUUGGCUUUGAGUCAGAUUUAUUGGACUCAGUCCCUGACUUGGUGAGGUUCUAUGUUGGCAGCAAGAAGCCAGUCACAGGGAAUUCAGGAGCUGUGAUAUCAACUCCAGUAAAUAGGACCAUGCCACUGAGUUACUAUGACACAAAAUAUGGGGCUGUAAAACAAGGCCUGCAGAGGAAAAUGUCUGACACAUACAUGCAAUCUGGGGUUAUCGUUGUAGGAGGGGGUGGGGGUGGUAACCCCCCACAAAGCCCCAGACCAAGCCCCCUCGCGACCCCCACAACCACCCCACGUUCCAGCCCACCUGGGAUUAGGAAAAUGGGCUACGGCAUGCGAGGUGGGGGAGGUCAACCGAUCUUGCCUUUAGACACGGAUAGUGAAGCUGGGAAGUUGAUCAAAAAGAUAGCGGAUGACAGCAACGGUGAGGUGAAGACGCUGAAGCAUAACAGGACAGCUAGCCAGCCCUUGUUGACACCCAUUGACGACGUAAAUGAAGACGAUUUGAGAAGUCCGACAACUCCCAAGAUGCAGAAGAGUCCAAGGAAUUCAAAUAUGCAGGCGGAUGAAAGGCGUGGCAGUUUGCCCUAUAGCCCUACAGCUACCCAGCCUCAAGUAGAGAGAAGGGGAAGUCUUCCACUGUUAGAUAUUGACCAAGAUCACGACACAACCCUCAACAGAACCCUACGCAGGCUCCAGCAAGACCACACAGGAGCAAACCUGAAAAAGUUUAACAGAAUUGGCAGUGAGCCAAAUUUACUCGAAGACGACCACCCUGGAGACACGAAAGAUAAUGGGGCAGUUAGCAUUCACAAAUCUGGAGUUUUAAAGUCAAAUUUAACUGGCUCAGAUGGUGACUUAAAUCGGCCUCCGCCUCCCAAACCCAGUAGAAUUCCUUCAAUUAAGCACAAAGAGCGCCCUCUGGUGGUUAUCAGAAAUCCUGAAGUGUGGGAAGACGAUGGGCGAGAUUAUUCAGACUACAGCCAAGUGAAAUCAGAGCCCAGCUGGGUGAAAGGCAGCAAAAAAUGGGGAUGCAAUAUUAAAACCAAAUCAAAAAAGAAAUCAGAUGAAAAUCAGAACAAUAUUGAUGACAGCAAUGUCAGCAUUCCAAAGUCUAAACUACGAGUUCAUAAAGGUAUAUCGUCAAAUGCUAACAGACCACUUGGGCUGCUGAUAGAGAAUCAGCCCCCAUCAGCAGACUAUGAUAUUCCACAGUCUGAGUUUUCCAAUAAGGAGGUACACUUGAAACGUCACAAUGACUCUGGUAUUGAAGAGGACGUGCAUGGUUCACUGAUGGAUAUGUAUUCCUCCCCCUCAUCUAUACCAGUAAAAGAAAGUGACCUUCAGAAUGACCAAAGGAUGGUUACAAUGCCAGACCUUGACCAAGUUAGUUGUUUCAAUCCAGCCAACUUCACAAGUUCAAUUUUACCCAAUGAGAAUAAACCCCUGGAAAGUUCUGCUGUUCUGUAUGUGAAGAAUACUCUAUUGAACAUGGAAGCAAAAAUUCUUGCACAGCAUUUUACAAAGAUUGACCUUGACCUUUUGAAGGUCAGCGGUGAGCAUGACCUUGGGGUUUGUGUGACCUCUGGAUUGGAGUUGAUUUCAUUAACACAUGGACAUCAGUUGAGACAGGAUGUCUUAGAGAGGUACCAUUGUCUAAGACAGUUCAUCGCCCUCAGCAUACUUAUUGGCAGCCAUGCUGGAGAAAGGGCGCAGGUCCUAGACAAGUGGAUAGAGAUGGCUGUAGUGAUGAAGGGAACACUAGGAAACUUGUUUGGGUUCCAUGCUGUGAUAACUGCACUUGGUCUACCUACAAUAACAAGAUUAAAGGAUACCUGGUUACUUCUGCGGCAGAAACACACAAGGAAUGCCUUCACCUACGAGAGCAAGCUGAGAACAAUCCUUCGCUCUAUGGAUGAAGCAAUGGACAAUUUGCCACUUCAAAAUGUCAGCAUACCGCAUAUUCUCCCUGUAGUUGAGCUAAUGGAAAGAGACUUCGAUUCCAUGUACGAUAUGACAACUUGGGAAGAGAAAGACGCAGAUUUGGGGCUGGAUAUGAUGCUUGCUCACCUAGACACUGCCAGAAUAGUUUCUGAGCAAUGCGGCCUGUACCGUGUAAAGGCCGAUUCUAUUAUGGACAAUUUUACAGCACAGGAUGAGAUUUUAGACAUUUUCAAAACUGAUUUUCACCUUAGGUUAUUAUGGGGUGCUAAAGGUGCUGCAGUGAAUCGGUACGAUAGGUUAACAAAGUUUUCUCAGAUAUUAAAUGCGCUUUCUGAAAGAGCAGAAUCAUCCCAGGAUCAUGGAACACCUUUAUGAACUCUUUAUCUUUGUAUAGAUGACUAAAUACAUGAACUGGUGACACCUUCCAACUCAACGCACAUUGGUCAAGUAAAUAUACUGGAUAUUAAUUAUUUCCUAAUUGGGUUAGCUGUUGGUGUAAUGAUACAUUCAAUACAGGGUUUCUUAAUUAACCUGAUACUCGCUGUCAGAUAUACAAUUAGGUCAGAGAAAAUAUGCGUUGCAAUAUUGUACUCAAAUUUUAAGAUUUCAUGCUUAUAAUAAUGAUGCAGCUUGCUGGUAAGCUUUACAUUAAGACUUUUGAUAUGCAUCAGGCAUGUAAAGAAUUAUAUUAUAUAACAUAGGUUGUAAUUCUGUUUAAGAGAAAAAGAUUAUUUUGAAUGAAGGACAUUGUUGAUAACCAACUAAGAAAUAUUUUGAAAUUGUAUAUUAAUUGAUAAUUUUCAUCUAUAUACAAGUGCAAUCAACCAAAUUUAACAUGAUACUUUAUGUCACAAUUCAAAGAUGAAUUGUUCCUGAUUUUUUCUCUUUUUAAAUUUAUUUUUUUAAAAUUUAAUUAAUUAAAUUAAUUUUUUGUGAGGGGAGGCAAUAGAUAAGUAAUUGGGCAGCAGGCUGCAAAUGAAAGUGGGUAGCAAGUUUAUCAAAUUUUACUAUGGAAUGGCCUAUAUUGAGCUUAAUGAUCUACAUGCAUAUAAAGACCCCUAUUUUAAUAACAUUGCCAAAUAUUAAAAUUGUAAAUUAGGUAUAUUUUACAACAUGUUAAGUAAAUACUGGAAGCUUUGCUUUGGCUCCUGUUCAUACACGUAGCUUUAUAUAAUAAGACAAUAGAAAGUUCAUGUCAUAUCAAAACUUUUAAAAUUAUAUUGGACAGUGUACAAGAUGGCUGGUGACCACAUCUGUGACAAUAAAUUAAAGGUAAAUAAAUUUGAUAAUAAUGAA